ACGCUAAAGACCGCUGCAUUAGGAAGCGGGAAUUGCUACUGAAAGCUGCCGUACUGUUGCUGUAAGUGCUGCUGUGAUAAAAACGUCAUUUAAAAUAUAGUGCACGUCGUCGGUAAACAUAUUCUCUUCCUCAGGACGGUUUCCCCCGUUCAUCUUCCCUAUGGCAAACCUGGUGGGGUUUUUUUCACCGGAAGGUGGUGUAGCAGAGAAAACUCCCAUGAUUCCUCGCCAGCCUCAACAUCAUCUUCUCUCAUUGUAUUGAUUGAGAGCCCCCUGGUAGCAGAAUCUACAUACUGUGCCUUUAACAAGUACACUUCAGUAAUGUUCAAUAUGAUCCCCAUAACAACAGUUUGUCCUACCAGCAGUACUGCCAGCAUAAAAUGACACCGUCCCUGAGAGCCAGGAGGUUUCACGCUUCAGCUGAGAAACUGCAGAAGUUUCCAGAAUCCAGUGUGUAUGAGAACAACAUGAGACUUCCUAAACGCUGGGGCGCACAUAGGUGUGUGUUGGUGCUGUGUGUGGUUUUAGGUUUGCUGUGUUUGGUGUUUGUCUAUCUUCCGCUGAUAGAGACGGAAACAAGCAAACCUCUGGACUUGCAGGUCAACCCUGCUCAUAAGAAGCGGGUACAUGAGUACGUUCAAGGAGUUCUGGAGGGUCAGUGUCGUCCCGGCAGCACCAGGCAUGGCUUGUUAGCUCGUCUUCCUGCCACCAGCAGCGAGACACAGCCUUUCUUGUGGAAAGACGUGUUGCUCGACGACGACCUCUUUGUGUAUCCUCCGCCAUUUGGAUUUCAAGGAUUUCGUGGCAAAGUAGAGGACCUGCUAAAGCAGCUGCCAGACUCUGCCUCCGCAGUCCAGCCGGGAAGCACAUCAAAUAAAUGUCGGCGCUGUGUGGUCAUGGGAAAUGGAGGCAUUCUCCGAGACCUGGAGCUCGGCCCACUGAUCGACCGAUUUGACGUUAUUAUCAGGCUGAACAGUGGUCCUCUGGGAGAGUUCAGUGCUGACGUUGGAAAUCGAACCAGCGUCAGGAUGAGUUACCCGGAGGGCACGCCGCUCCAGUGGUUGGACGCAGACCCACACGCUCUGUUCGUAGCUGUGGUGUAUAAGGGCGUGGACAUCAGCUGGACCUCUGCAAUGAUCAACAAGCUGGCUGUGCCUCUGUGGGACUGGCUCUUUUUCUGGCAGAAGGUUCCAAGUCAGAUCCCUGUUGAGCCCCACAGGUUCAGACUUCUAAACCCUCAUGUCGUCAGAGAGACGGCGCUGCACCUUCUGAAAUACCCUGCGCCCAGACCACGCCUGUGGGGCAGCGACCAGAAUGUGCCCACCAUCGGUGUCUCUGCACUCACUCUAGCCAGUCUUCUGUGUGACGAGGUCAGCCUGGCAGGCUUUGGCUACAAUCUGUCCCAGCAGGGGGCACCACUGCACUACUACGACCACCUGUCCAUGAGUGCCAUGCUGCAGCAGAAGAUGCACAAUGUGGGCAAGGAGACUGAAAUCCUACAAAGCCUUGUCAAAGAGGGAACCAUCACUGACCUGACCGGGGGGAUUCACUGCUCCUUCUGCCCCAGCUGAUCCCAAGCCUCUUUCCAAUAAAGCACUUUCCUCGCGUGCUUUAGGUGCUUCAAAGAACAAACAUCACACUCUUUGUAUUUACAGAGAAGUGGCAAUAUGAAAUAAAUUAGACUUUAGACUUCUUUGAACUUACAAACACUUGAAAGAGGUGAUGGAAAAAAACAGUUGAGAGUUAAACUUUGCAUGAAGGCCAAGAAAAUGGAGCGCAAUAAGUAAUAUUUGUCUCAAGUGCUUGUUGAAGAACAAAUGACACAAAAACAUCAGGAGAGAACUUUAGGAAAUGUGAGUUUCUCCUGGGCUUUUAGUGUCUUUCUGCAGCGGAUUCAUUCAUCAACAAUAGACUUUUAAACUAACCAAUGAAAAAUAGGUACACCCAUGGCAUCUACAAGUUUUCAUACUGAUACAGAUUAAAGGCAUCCAUUGGUUUGUGCAAAAAGGUUGUGAAGCUUAGAAUUAGGCUUGAUGACAGUUGCCUUCUUGUGAUUUGUAAGCCAGGAGUGACCAUAUUUGAAUAAGAGGGUGGAGCCUGGGAGGGGUCGGUAUCACCUAACACCAGCACUAGUUUCAUUCAGCAGGGACAUCUGUGAUUUCAAAAAUUAGAUUGGGUGCUGAUUUUAAGUAAAAUAAACAUUCAAGGGGUGUCUUUUGUACGGCUAAAUGGUUAGCUAUGUUUUUCCAGUUGCCAUGGUAAUGACUUGCCAAUCGCUUUAUGUUCUUAUUUGUUUGGGACCGUAUUUCACAAUUACCUCUGCAAUGUUUCCAUUCCAUUGGUUAAUUUCUUUCAGUUGUAUACAGUCGAGUUGACUGUAGUUAUACAUGUUUAACUUUCCUCCUGCUGUAGUUAGCACUGCGUCAAGUUCUACAGUACUUCCUCAUCGUUAUUAUGACGGUAGUUCUUCAUGGUUCAAUGGUGAGUCAUUAUAGUUAUCAUCAAAACGUGGUUAUAAAGACAUUCUGUCCACUUUCAGACUGAGCGUCGGUACCUCUGAUCAAACGUUCACACUGGAAGAUCUAAAUCUACAUCUGAGGAUACGGUGAAACAGAAGUGGUACUUUUGUGACAUAGUUCUGUAUUUAUAAGCACAUUUAUUAAUUUAUUGUAAAUCCGCAAAAUUAUUUUACAGAUAUUGUUUACUUUUUGGUCUGUGAUUUUAUUGGUUGAGAUAUACAUGAAGAUUUACAUUAAUUCAGAUUUUUAAUUUGUAUUCUGUCAAAUACAGUGCUCAAACUAAGUUUAUUUAUAGAAAAAAAAGUUUUAAUUAAAUCAUAACAUUUUGUAUUUUUGUAAUGUCGUCAUUGACAACUGUGUCAUGUCAGAUGUAACUUUUACAACGUCAUGCUUUUAAUCUGCUAUUUGAGUUCUUACAACAUGUUCUUCCUUCAUUUUGAGGGGUCGUGUUAUCAGUAGAAGUACUAAAUUGCGUACAUGGCUGAUAACAGGACAUGCUUAUUAUUGAAAAAGGUAGAUCUAUGGAAUAAAAAAACAGUGAAAUGCUCAAUUCAAUGUGAAUUUUACCUACGAGGUUUGUUUAAACUGGACUCUGGUCUUUCUGAGUUACUAAUAUGUACCACUCCCAUUAUUACUGUAAGACAUCACAUGAAAAUGUAAGUUUAUGAUGCUCCCUUUAUUACGCUGAUUUUGUAUUUCACAAGUCGUAAUUUAUUGCACUGUUUCCCCUAAUUAAAAUGUAAAUAAAUAAGAACAAGAAAACAUUA